AUGGCCAGCACCCAGCUGCUAGAAGAUGACUUCCAGUUCAUCCAUUGUGAAGGCUGCCAGCAGGAAUCACCCAACCUGAAGCUCCUCACCUGCCUCCACACCUUGUGCCUCAGUUGCCUGAACCAGACCAAGACAGUUGGGCAGUGCCCUGUGUGCCACACAGACAUCCUGCAGGCCAGUGGUGCCUCUGAGGUGGACAACCUGCUCUUCACCAAUCUGCAGGCCAGGCUGAGGGUCUACCAGAAGAUUGUUCGUGGAGUUGGCUUGUGGUGUGACAACUGCAAGAAAGCCAGUGAGCUGUGGUGCUUUGAGUGCAAGGAGCACCUCUGCAUCAAGUGCUUCAGGGCCCACCAGCUCUACCUGAAGGGUCAUGAAACAAAGAGAGUGGUGGACAUCAGGGCAAGGUCUGCUAAGGACUUCCUUGAGAGCACCAGGAGAAACAGUAACUUGUCCUGCUCCAACCCUAGGCACAAGAACCAAACUGUAAGCAUCUACUGCCAGCGGUGCGCCCAGGCGCUGUGCUGCUCCUGUGCGCUGCUGGACAGCCAGCACGCUCCCUUCUGCGACAUCCGCAGCGAGACCCAGCGCCGGCAGCGGGAGCUGGACGCCAUCGGGCAGCAGCUGCGGCGCGGCCGGAGUGGCUUCGAGGAGGCCGCCGAGGCGCUGCGGGCCCAGGCCGGCAGGCUGGAGGAGGCGCGGCGGCAGACGCGGGAGCUGAUCCGGCAGCGUGCGGAGCAGCUGGUGGCGCUGAUCCGGCGGGAGGAGGAGGAGCUGCUGGGGCUGCUGGAGGCGCGGCAGGAGCAGGGCCGGGGGCGGCUGGAGCGGGAGCUGCGGCGGCUGGAGGGGGUGCUGCUGCGGCUGGAGGCGGGCGAGCGGCUGGUGGAGAAGAUGGGGCUGUACGCCACGGAGCAGGAGGUGAUGGACAUGCAGCCCUUCAUCAAGGGCUCGCUGCAGGAGCUGCAGCAGCUGCGGCCGCCGGCGGCCCAGGAGCCGGUGCCGCCUGGGGACUUCGCGGAGUGCAGAGCCAGGCUGCAGGCGCUGGUGGAGAGAGUCACAGGGCGCCCGGCAGGUCUCUCUGCUCCCCGCCACGACUCCCUGUCUGAAGAUGACACCACCCUCAUCCUCGACCUUGAGCCUCCUGGGGAGCGUUGCCAACCUGAUGGAGGGCUGCCCACAGGCCUGCCUGCCCACCACCAACCCUGUGCCCCCACCUGGGACCUCUCCAACGACAGAGGAUCUGGGUGGCCAGAGCAGGGUGGGGCUGUGCCCCCUCCCCACCCCUCGUCUCCGUCCCUUCUGAUGCAGAGAGCAGAAGAAGCUGAGGAAGACUCCAGGUCAGCCCCUGGGGGCAAUGGGCCUCUUCCCAGGAGCAUCCAGGACUUCCUGGCUUCCCUGAAGGAAGAUUUCAGUGGCUGGGCCAGGUCCAACACGCAACAGGGGGAGGAGCUCCUGCAAGCUCAGCAAAGGACAAACAGUCAUCUGGUGUCCCUGAUCCAGGAGAUCCAGGCCAUAUCCCACUCCCUGGCUGCUGUUCAAGUGAACCCCAAAUACAUCGUCCUGGAGUCAGAUUUCACCAACAACGUGGUGAGGUGCAACAUCCACUACACCGGCCGCUACGUCGCCACCACAAACUGCAAGAUUGCCCAGUAA